AUGUCGGACGAGACCUUCUUGGAUACAGAGAAAACCUUGGUACGAAAACUGGAUAGGACCUUGAUGCCAGUUGUAUUCAUUCUCUAUCUCUUCAAUUAUCUAGAUCGAAACAACAUUGCGCAAGCCAAGCUCGACUCUUUUGAAGCGGAUCUUGGGCUGACCGGAAACAAUUAUAGUACAGCUGUUUCAAUCUUGGUCCCAGGAUACAUGUUGAUGCAGCUCCCGAGUAACAUGAUCUUGACUCGAGUUCGACCGUCUCUCUAUAUCCCAUUCUGGGUUUGUCUCUGGUCUUGCGUUUCGGCUAGCACAGCUGCGGUACAUAACUUUCAGGGGCUGAUCGCCGUUCGAUUUAUCCUUGGUAUAACAGAGGCCCCUUUCUUUCCUGGAGUCUUCUAUCUCCUUUCGUGCUGGUAUAGAAAAGGGGAGCUUGCACUACGAUUUGCAAUUUUAUAUUCAGGCCUAGUGCUAGCGACCGCUGUAUCCGGCCUUUUGGCAGCAGGAAUCUUCUCUGGACUGGACGGUGUAGCUGGUCUUGCUGGCUGGCGUUGGCUUUUCAUUAUCGAGGGCGCCGUAAGCUUUCUUCUCGGCCUCAUCGCCUUCUUCUUCCUCCCCGAUUUCCCGGGGUCAGCGACUGGCAGCGCGCGAUGGCUACUGAGUGAAGAGGAGCGCCGCAUAUCAUCCUACAGGAUGUCACUCGAUUCUAUCUCGAGCCAAGAGACCAACAGAUCUGUUCGUCAUGGUCUGAAAUUGGCUUUAUGCGACUAUAAGGUCUGGAUCUUUUCACUGAUUCUAUGCUCGAACCAAACUGCGUAUGGUUUCAACUAUUUCUUUCCGUCUAUUGUCCGAGGUUUUAAUCUCGGAAGUCGCACUAUCACCCUCGUUUGCACAGCACCGCCCUACAUCAUUGGUGCAGUCGUAUCGUACUUCAUUGCCUGGUCUAGCGACCGCAAGUAUGAGAGAGGAUACCAUAUCUGUGCACCGCUAGCCUUUGCUGUAGUUGGAUUUACUCUAAGCGUCAGUAUCCUUAAUAUUGUCGCUAGGUACUGCGCUUCUUUUAUAUACAUCUCUGGCGUGUUCGGGGCCAAUGCUGCUGUCUACAGCUGGGCAGCGUUCACCGUGGGGGAUACAUCUGAGAAGAAGGCUGCCGCUACUGCAAUCAUCAACAUCAUGGGACAGUUUGGUAAUAUCUGGAGCCCAUAUUUCUUCGAUCCGAAUGAUGAACCUCGAUAUAGCAGAGCAAUGAUCUUGCUCAUUGCCUUUUGUGGGCUUGAAAUCGCCCUAAGCCUUACUAUGAAGGCGAUAUUACGGAGGGAGAACAAGAAAAUUCUGGCUCGAACUGAAGUAUCUGGCAACCUUCCGGGCUUGUACAUGCUUUAG